AUGAUUAUCCCAAUCCGCUGUUUUUCCUGUGGAAAGGUGAUCGCUGAUAAAUGGGAGCGAUACAUGAAAUUACUGGAGGACGGCAUGUCUGAUGGCGAGGCUAUGGACCAAGUUGGCGCAAAGCGCUACUGCUGUCGGCGUAUGCUGAUGACCCACGUGGACUUGAUCGAGAAGCUGCUACAAUAUGAUCCUGCUGAACGAAGACUCCGCGCACAAUAG